AUUUCCUUUGCCAUUGACCCUUCAUCACAGGGCCAUUCUAAUUGUACUCUGCACUGCACGAAGAUAACACCGGAGGCUUUGGAAUCUCAGUAAUAUGGAAUCCAUGGAAGCAACCUUCAGCAUGCAAAGCCAAACAGAGAAAAGCCAAGAAGGCAUCCACACUUAUGCAGCUCAGUGGCCAAUUUUCUCCAUAGCAUGGUCACUCCGCCGCGACAAAACCCCGCGACUCGCCAUCGGAAGCUACUUAGAAGACUACGCCAACAAGGUAGAACUAGUCCACUUCAACCACGACGAUACAACAUCCAAUUUCACCACCGACCCUCGUCUGAUUCUCGACCACCCUUACGCACCAACAAACACAAUGUUCUUCCCCUCCGAAGACACCACAAAUCCAGACCUCAUCGCCACAUCAGGAGACAUCAUAAGACUAUGGGAAAUCCAAGAAGACAAGAUUCAACUAAAGUCCUCGUUAAUCGGCAACAAAGUGAGUGACCACUCUGCCAUAACAUCAUUCGAUUGGGCUGAAUUUGACACCAAUCUCAUUGCUUCUUCUAGCGUGGACACAACUUGCACCAUCUGGGAUAUUGAAAGGGAAGUCAUGAAUGCACAGUUGGUUGCUCAUGAUAAAGAAGUGUAUGAUAUCUCAUGGGGUGGAUUCAAUGUGUUUGCUUCUGUCUCCGGCGAUGGUUCUGUCAGAGUUUUUGAUUUACGGGACAAGGAAAAAUCUACUAUAAUCUAUGAGAAUCCAGUCCAGGAUUGUCCUCUGCUUCGACUGGAAUGGAAUAAAAGCGAUGCAAGGUUUAUGGCUACCGUGGGGAUAAACAGCAACAAGGUGGUAAUCUUGGAUAUUAGGCUACCAACCACGCCAUUGAUGGAGCUAAGCAAACAUAGGACGUGUGUUAAUGCAGUGUCGUGGUCCCCAGGUUAUGGUCGGAAUCUGUGUUCUGUCAGUGAUGAUGCUACGGCUCUGAUAUGGGAGGUGGUGGACCCCCCGGGGUACGGAUCAACGGUGAUCGGUGGUGAGGUGGUGGAGCCCGCGAUGUGGUAUGGGUCGCCGGCGGAAAUCAAUCACGUGCGUUGGUCCCCGGUGGGGAUGGACUGGAUUGCUCUUGCUUUCUUGAACAACUUGCAGCUGCUCAAGGUGUGAAUGUGGUUGUGAUCAGAAACAGAGCAGGAGUGAGUGCAGUGACCGAAUAAAAAUAGUAGAAACUAGAAAGUUCCAAUCAAUUUGGGGACAUUAUUUUUGCUUGUCGAUUUCGUACGGAAAUGUAAUAAAUUCAGGAAGUUGACUUGCUAGGAUAUUUCUAAUUUCUAAUAAUAGAGUUUGAUAUCUUUCACAUACUACAUUUUUCUCCAAUUUCUUUAAUCAUAUCACGUCAUAUAUUACAUAUCUCCGA